AUGUCUUCUUCCAACAGCUCAACCUGCGUAAAUGAAAUUAAUGUUGCGGUGAAACUAUUCAAUGAUCGUCUUAAGUUGCUUGUGGAUGAGCUCAAUACGGAGCUAACUGGUGCUAAAUUCAUCUACAUCGACAGCUACACCGCGCAACCAGGAGACCCAACAACAAUUGGAUUGCAAAUUUUCAACAGACCAUGCUGCAAAGUUUCAGAUAUUGCACAGUGCAUUCCUGGAGAAGCACCCUGCAGCUUUAUCUUUAGGCCUUUAUAUCUAUUUUGGGAUGCUUUCCAUCCUUCCCAGACUCUGAACUUCAACGUUGGAGUAAUAUCUUACGCCAAAAUAGUGGCAUCCUAUCUCUUUAAUUCUACCCAUUCCAUUCUCUAA